AUGAGUUCCUACACGCGGCUACUCAAGCUCAGGUUCGAACGGCGCACUCUAACCGCCACCGACCCCAUCUCUCUCCGGGCGUACGCCGGCCUUCGUUCAACGGCCCCGCGACGCGGCACCCGAAUCCCUGUCGUUGACCCCUUUGCCCUUUCCUCCGCCGCCCGCGCUGCUGCCUCCGCCGACGACCACCACCUCGUCGGCGGCCUCCACGCCGUCGCCGUUGUCUGUGGCCUCUAUGUCGACGUCGUCGUCGCCACGGUCAUCCUCGACUCCUGCACCAAAUGCGGCGACGUGCAUUCGUCCCGUAGGAUGUUCGACGCAAUGCCUCACAGAAACAUUGUCUCUUGGAAUGCUAUGAUCUCCGGCUACGCGAACGCCGGUUGGGCGCUGAUUGAGUACACGGUGGCGAGCGGCCUGACCGCAUGCUGGGGGAUUAGUGAUCUGUGGACUGGUGCUCAGAUUCAUGGCUAUGCUGCGAGGGCAGGAUUCGAGACAGACCGAGCGGUGGUGAGUGCCUUGGCGAACAUGUUCUUUAGGUGUGGGGACGUUGAGAGCGCGCAGAGAGCUAUGGAGGGGAGAGAAAUUUCUUGCUCGAGUUCUGAACUCAUGAUGAUUAAAGGUUAUGUUGCCAAUGGCAGGUAUUCUGAUGCUCCUGAGUUGGUUGUUCGAGUUGGGAAGCAGGUCCAUGGUCAUAUCGUUGCACUGGGCACCGGUGAGUAUGGCUCUUUAUGUACCGGUGAUAAUGCUGUUCUUUGGAGCUGUCAUGGAAGCUCGAUCCAUGCUCAAGCUCUGAGGACAGGAAUUCAAGAUGGUCACAAUUCUGUGGUCAUAGAAACAACUCUAGUUGACAUGUUAUCGGAGAGGCGUGGAGGAAGCAAGGUGUUGAUGGGGAGCCUGGACCGAGCCAAAUCCAAGUUGCAGCUGGUACUUUGGAUGUAG